AUGAAAGAAUGGCAAACAAAGAUAGAUACAAUAUUUGAUCAAUUGAUCAAUCUAGAGUCAACAUUUGACAUCGAACAUAUUGAUGCAGCCAUUAAGAAAAAUAUUAACUCGACAUUCUUUGUGACACCUCCAAACAUUGUGAUUCUUGAACCAGGAGAGGCUUUGAAUAAAAAUGAACAUGUUUAUCGGGCUGUCAACAUGUUUUUAGAAGAUUUUGGAUACACGAAAAAUGGUAUCUUAAAUCUAGUGUGUGAUGAAGCAAUUUAUCAUCGCAUGAAAGAUUACAAGAGUGAUGAACAGACAUUUUUUGAUAAACUUGAGCAAGUUGUUGACUAUCGGGCAACAUUUCGAGUACUUGAACUUAUUUGGAUAGCGGUAGCUGUUGCGAUCCAUCUAUAUGUCAAGGAAAUGAAUAUUUAUAUUAAUAACGUUCCUAAAGAAAAUAAUAAUCUUUUAAAGGUGUGGUAUAAUUUUUACCGAUAG